GUGGUGACGCGCCAGGCGGGCAAUGAGUCAGCGGUAGCGACAAUUUCUCCGGACGUGGAAGUACUGAUCUCACUGUAAAAAUACUCGUCCUAGUUACUGAUUUUGCCUAGAAAAAAUGGCGGUUCCUGCAGCCCCAGAUCUGCAGAUGAUCACGGAAACACAAAGCGGCCCGGUGAAUAGCCCUGAAAAUAACAUUGAAAUCGACGAGAGAGAAUUGGAAAACAUAACAAACGAGGAAGACGGAACUGCGCUCCCUUUGCAUUCUCCGUGGACUUUUUGGCUUGAUAGGUCCUUACCUGGGACAACAGCAGCAGAAUGCGAGUCAAACCUGAAAAAAAUCUACACCGUGCAGACUGUUCAGUGUUUCUGGAGUGUUUACAACAAUAUUCCUCCAGUGAGCUGCUUACCACUGAGAUGUAGCUAUCACUUAAUGCGCGGAGAACGGAGGCCACUGUGGGAAGAAGAAAGUAACGCAAAGGGUGGAGUCUGGAAAAUGAAAGUCCCAAAAGAAAGCACCUCUGCCGUAUGGAAAGAGUUGCUACUUGCUACCAUUGGAGAACAGUUUGCAGAUUACUGCGCAUCAGAUGAUGAAGUUGUUGGCGUCAGUGUCAGUGUUCGAGAUCGAGAAGAUGUAGUCCAAGUCUGGAACGGAAAUGCUUCUUUUGCAAGUGAAGCGAAUGUUUUAGGAAAGAUAUAUGAACUCCUCCCAGAAAUAUCUUUCAAAGCAGUAUUUUAUAAACCUCAUGAGGAACAUCAUGCUUUUGAAGGAGGGCGUUCAAGACAUUAACUGCUAGUUGUUUUACACCUGGUUUUUGUUUUGUUUUGCUUUUGGAUUAAGCAUAGAUAUUGGACUUUUCCCUUGCUUAAACACUACUCUUUCUCUUCAGUUUCCUUUAAUGAUCAUUUUACAAACAUCUCAGUCACAGAAAAUUUAGAGAAUAUUACAGAUAUAUUUUUAUAGAUUUAAUGGCUCAAAUUUCAGACCGUGGAAUUUUUUUUCCCAUUUUUCUGUACUUGCACUGCAGAGUAUUUGGACAAAACCUUUGAAUUGAGCAGGCCAUAUUGGGUUUUUGUAAUGAUGUAGAAUAGCAAGUUUUAUGUGAAUUGAUUUGGCCUUGUCCUCUCAGCCAUGUCAUUGCUUGCGUAAGUUUGUCUUUAAAAAGAGACAAUGCCUUCACUGAACACAAUGCCUCCUCAUUCUCACUGCCUCACCUACUGCUCUUUGUGUUCUGCUGGAUGUAUCUCUACCUUUCGCAAACAUUAAUGUCCUGUACCUUUUUCCAAAUGAACACUGAGCUUGCUACAACUUUUCAUCAGCAGCUGUCCACUGUGUUUACAGUAUGGUAAAUGGGUUUAUUCUAUGUGUGGUACCAGGUGAUUUGACAUAUUUGCAGUGAUUACGCCUCCAACUGAGCUUUUGUGCAAUAGAGACAGCAAAUGAUCUUUUAAGCCUGUGUAAAGUCCAAGUUAAUCUAGCAUCACGUCACUCACGUUGUUCUCGUAGAAAGGUUGCUAUAUUACGUAGCCUUCUGUCCAAUAUACAGUGUUUAAUUUGACAAUUGUAUUCGCACGUAAAUUGCGGUUUGAUUUUCUGACCGUCUGUAAGAGGUCGAUACGUUGCACAAUAUCACUUUCAGUUUAGACAUUGCUAUUGUUUCUAAAAUUGUAAUUUAUAUCAUUUAAAACUGUGAACCGUCUUCUUGCGAGAGUGAGAUGGACUUCUGUUGCUAUCAUCCCCACUAUUUUAGUAUUGCGGCUUUGAAUGGAAAGCUAGAGAAAUGAUGCAGUCACAUGUUCAUUGUAAAAUAUACCACUAGGUCUUGUAUAGCAUUUUUGUGAAAUAGUUCUUAUUUAAAUCACACUUUUUUAGCACCCCUUGUCUUUAUGUAGUGUUUUCAUGGAUGACAGUUAUAGAUGGAUACUACACAUAGAAUGAAUAAUUUAACUUACUGGAAGUGACACAAGUUCCAUAAAUGUUAUUUGUCUGCAGGCUGUAUUGUUUUCCCCUGCUGUUACAUUACUCUUACUGGAAGAUCAUGCUGCCCUCUGCUGUUGAAUCAGUGACUGUUGUUCUGAAACAGAUUUGUAUUUUUAAAUAUUUGUAUUUCAAAUAAAAUAAAUAUGAUGGACAAACUUUCAAUGGACAAAAUUGAAAAGGGUAGUUCUCAACAUCCAUACAUGUAGGUUGACCGCAAAUUGAGAUAGAAUGUUCAUUUCUUUUCAUCUGUACCAAAGAGGUGACUCUUUUUCUAUGUUGGGAGCAGGACAUUGCAUGUAAGGGCAAUGCUAAGGUGCUUGCCUUGCCAAACUACUCACUAGGCCACCAGUCUAGUUUAGCAAAUGUAUGUUCGUAAGAACAGUGGUAGACCGUAUUAUGUAUAUUUGUUUACUUUGCUUCUUCAAUUUUACAUUGUCUGGACUUUUUAAAAAAAAGUGUAUUUAAGCAACAGAAAUGAUAUAACAUUUAAAUGUACUCCUGAAUGUUGCUGGUGCAUUUUGUUUCAAGUACUUUGCCAGGUAAAGGUAAGAUAAGGUAAGUGUGAAUUGGCCUGUUUUGUGAAUCAGGUCGAUCAACGUAAAAAUGCACUACAGCACAAUUAUGUUAUCAAUGAAUGGCUUUUUAGGAAGACACGUGGCACAUGCAGCUAGACUUUUUGUUGCAAUGUUUCCUAUUUACAAAGCAAGAUGAUUGCAGGGUUGGAGUUAUUUUUCUUAUGGUUCAUGUCCUUCAUCUUGUAGUCCUAGAUACAUUCUGAGACUUACUGAUUACGUUUCUCAAUUGGAGUGGUGCCUUAAUUUCUCCUGAGACUUUAAAUUUUAGAACGUGCUGUCCAUUCAACUCAUGUAAUCUGUUCCAAUGUAUAUGCAAUGUUUUCUGCUCGUAGAUUUUGAAAUAUUAAACAUAAUAAAAUAUACCACAAUAUUUA